CUGUACAGAACUUACAAGAGUCGUAAGGCAGUAAGCAAGAUGGCUAUAGCUGUACUGGCUGCUCUGGACAAUGCUCGAACGCAAUGGUAUCACAUGACAGCCAUUGUCAUAGCCGGCAUGGGUUUCUUUACCGAUGCCUAUGACCUCUUCUGUAUCUCCACCGUUUCGAAGCUCCUCGGCCGGCUUUACUACUACGACCCCAAAACGAAAGCCCCCGGAAAGCUUCCCCAAGAUAUCAACAACUUGGUCGUCGGUGUAGCUCUAGUCGGUACCUUAUCCGGCCAACUAUUCUUCGGCUAUCUUGGUGACAAGCUUGGCCGCAAAAGAGUUUAUGGCGUAACUCUGAUCAUGAUGGCUAUCUGCGCCAUUGGCUCCGGCCUCUCCUUCGGAUCAUCCCCAAGCGCGGUAAUGACAACUCUUUGCUUCUUUAGAUUUUGGCUGGGAUUCGGCGUUGGCGGAGACUAUCCCCUCUCUGCAACAAUCAUGUCCGAAUACGCUAACAAAACAACACGCGGUGCUUUCAUAGCGGCGGUGUUUGCCAUGCAAGGAGUCGGCAUCAUCUUUGCCGGUUUGGUUUCCAUGACACUCUCAGCAAUCUUCCUCAGUUUUUAUCCAGCACCAGCAUUCAAUGCAGACCCUAAAGACUAUUCCAACGUGUUAUCCACGCAGCCGGAGGCCGACUUCUUGUGGAGAAUUGUCCUCAUGCUUGGGGCUCUGCCAGCCAUUGUGACAUUCUACUGGCGGAUGAAAAUGCCCGAAACAGCACGCUACACGGCCCUGAUCGAAGGAAAUGCUAAGCAAGCUGCGAGCGACAUGUGUCAUGUUCUAGACAUCGAAAUCCAAGCGGAGCAGGACAAGGUGGCGCAGUUCAAGGCGGCAAAUGAGUACAAAUUGUUCUCCGGAGAGUUCUUUAGGCGGCACGGGAAACAUCUAAUCGGAACAAUGACGACUUGGUUCUUGUUGGACAUUGCGUUUUAUAGCCAAAACUUGACUCAAAAGGACAUAUUCCCGGUGAUGGGUCUCACUGACAAACCUCAAAAUAUCAAUGCUCUCAUGGAAGUGUUCCAAACCUCUAGGGCAAUGUUUGUGGUUGCAUUACUAGGGACGUUCCCUGGUUACUGGUUCACCGUAGCUUUCAUAGAAAAGCUUGGACGAUACAAGAUCCAACUCGUCGGAUUCUUCAUGAUGUCUGUGUUCAUGUUAAUCAUUGGGCUGAAAUACGAGUGGGUAAAGGCUCACCCAGCGGUGUUUGCAACUCUCUAUGGUCUGACAUUUUUCUUCGCCAACUUUGGUCCGAACAGCACCACUUUUGUACUUCCGGCAGAGCUAUUUCCGACGCGGGUGAGGUCCACGUGCCAUGCGAUAAGUGCAGCGUCCGGCAAGGCGGGUGCCUUGGUCGGUGCAUUUGGUAUACAAAACUUAACUUUGGAUGGUAAAUCCAAGUCGAUUCGAAAGGCUAUGUUGAUUUUGGCGUUUACCAACAUGUUAGGGUUUUGUUUCACGUUCAUGGUCACCGAGACCAAAGGGCGGUCUUUGGAGGAGAUCUCCGGCGAAGAUGGUGGCAAUGGCGGCAAACGUGAAUCUCAGAUGACGGAGGAUUGAGAAGGCCCGAAAAAUAUUUUCAUAAACUUUGGUAGUCAAAUAAAUGAGAUAUGAUUGGCAAAAGAGAGACACGCCUAUGUCGACGAAAUGAAUAAUAAGAGCUGCAAGGUUGUCAUUAGUUUGAAGUUCAACCACGUAGUGACGAAGUUUGUAUAUUGGCUUCAUUGUCCAUUUUCAACUGUUUCUUUAAUUUCUUCAGGUUUUAGAUACGAGGGUGAAGAUGUAUGUAUUAUGUAAUGUUUGCUUUAAAUUGAAAAUUGAAUAAUCUUAUUUUAC